AUGUGGCACUUUGUGGCAGAGAUGGGCCAGGACCAAACAAAGCAGCAGAUUGAGAAGGGUUUGAAGCUCUACCAGUCAAGUGAGACAGAGAAAGCUCUACAUGUGUGGAAGAAGGUACUGGAGAAGACCUCAGAUCCUGGGGGGAAGUUCAGAGCAUUAGGAUGUCUUAUAACAGCGCACUCAGAGAUGGGGAAAUACAAAGAGAUGCUGAGGUUUUCCCUGGCACAGAUAGACACAGCGAGAGAGAUGGAGGAUCCUGACUACUUGACCGAGGCAUACUUAAACCUCGCACGCAGCAACGAGAAGCUCUGUGAGUUCCAGCAAACAGUGUCCUAUUGUAAGACCUGCUUGAACAUGCAAGGUACAACCGUCAGUCUACAACUCAACGGCCAGGUGUGUCUGAGCAUGGGCAAUGCCUUCCUGGGCCUUAGCAUCUUCCAGAAAGCUCUGGAGAGCUACGAGAAGGCGCUGCGGUACGCGCAUAACAACGAUGACAAGAUGUUAGAAUGUCGAGUGUGCUGCAGUUUGGGCAACUUUUACAUACAUCUCAAGGAUUAUGAGAAAGCUCUGUUCUUCCCAUGCAAAGCAGCUGAGCUUGUGAAUGACUACGGUAAGGGGUGGAGCUUAAAGUACCGUGCUAUGAGCCAGUACCACAUGUCUGUGGCGUAUAGGAAGCUGGACCGGUUGCCCGAUGCCAUGGAAUGCUGUGAGGAGUCUAUGAAGAUUGCCUUGCAGCAUGGAGAUCGCCCUCUCCAGGCAAUGUGUCUGCUCAACUUUGCUGAUAUUCAUCGCUGCCGAAAAGACUUUGAAAAAGCAUUCCCUCGCUAUGAGUCCUCAAUGUGCAUAAUGACGGAGAUUGGGAAUCGUCUCGGACAAGCAUCCAUCUAUCUGGGAGUGGCAAAGUGUUGGCUUCUGCAAAAAGAACUGGACAAGGCCCUGGAUUGUUUACAGCGAUCUCAUGAACUUGCAGAAGCGGUCGGAAACAAGCUCUCCAUGCUGAGGGUAUACCGUCUGAGUGAGGGCAUCUACCGCACCAAGGAGAUGCAGCUGGAGCUCAGGGAGCAGGUGGUGAAGAUUCUAGAGUGUGUGGAGGAUCUGGAACUUUACUGCGGCAUGUGCGGAGAGUCCAUAGGAGAAAUGAACCAGCAGCUGCAGGCCCUGCCGUGCUCUCACAUUUUCCACCUCAAGUGCCUGCAGACAAACGGGACAAAGGGCUGCCCAAAAUGUCGCCGCUCCUCCAUGAAGCCUGGCUUUGUGUGA